AUGGCGGAAACUGCCAUCGUGCUGAACAGAGAGCAGUGGAUGGGCUCCCAGGAGUCUGGCGCCUCGGGCGUACGGCCUGUGGUGGUCGACCCAUACCUGGCCUGCCACCUCCGCCCGCACCAGGUGGAGGGCGUGCGCUUUCUCUACGAGUGCGUGGUGUCGGGGCCGCCGGGUCAGCGAGGCGCCAUCCUGGCGGACGAGAUGGGGCUGGGCAAGACCCUGCAGGUCCUGACCCUGCUCUGGACCCUGCUGCGCCAGAACCCGCAGGGCUCCAGACCCCUGGUGACCAAGGCCAUCGUGGUGGCGCCCACCACCCUGGUGCGCAACUGGGAGGCGGAGGUCCGGCGCUGGCUGGGCCCCGAGCGCUUGCGCCCGCUCUCGCUGGUGGCCGGGCCGGCCCAGGCCGAGCAGGGGCACCGCCUGAAGGCGGCGGCGGGGAGCAAGACCAUCUCCGCGCUGGGUGCGCUGGGCUGCCCCGCCCGCGUCCUGCUGACGGGGACGCCCGUGCAGAACGCGCCGCGCGAGUUCUUCGCCAUGGCCGACUUCGUGCGGCCGGGGGUGCUGGGGGACCUCCCCGCCUUCGAGCGCGUGUUUGGCGGGCCCAUCGCCCGCGCCCAGGACCGGGCGGGGACGGAGGAGGACAAGGCGCUGGGCAGGGAGAGGGCCAGGGAGCUGGUGUCGCGCAUCUCGGGCUUCAUGCUGCGACGCACGGCGGAGGUGAACGCGCGGUUCCUGCCCCCGCUCUCCGUCUACAUCGUGUUCUGCCGCCCCAGCGAGCUCCAGCUGCGGGAGUACCGCCGCGUGCUCCAGUCCACCGCAGUCCACACCCUGCUCUCCAACGGGCCUGGGGACCAGGCCCUGGCGGUGCUGUCCAGCCUGCGCAAGAUCUGCAACCACCCCUGCUUGGCGCCCGACCCCGACAGGGACGCAGGCCUAACCCCCGACUCCCCGCCCCGCCCCGCCGACUCUGGCAAGCUGGCGGCGCUGGACGCCAUGCUGGCGGCGGCGCUGGCGGACCCCGGGGAGCGCGCGGUGGUGGUGUCCCAGUCCACGGCCGCGCUCGACCUGAUCGGCGCGCUGUGCGCGACGCGCGGCUGGCCCUGCCAGCGCCUGGACGGCGCCACCGACCCCGCCCGCCGCGUGGACAUGGUGGACGCCUUCAACCGCCACGGCGUCGGCCGCGUGUUCCUGCUGUCCACCACGGCGGGCGGGGCGGGGCUGAACCUUGUGGGCGCUGCGCGCCUCUUCCUGUUUGAUUCCCACUGGAAUCCGGCCAUGGACCGGCAGGCGAUGGCCCGCAUCUGGAGGGACGGCCAGAAGAAGGCGUGCACCGUGUACCGCCUGCUCACCACAGGUCGGCGAGGGGUGUGGCGGUGGGAGGUUUGGGGCGGCUGA